AGUGCUCUAGCUACCUUGGUCGGUUUUGUUGAAGCGAAAAGUGUUCAAUGCGUGUUUUUUCCUCGCUGUAACAAAAGGUGCGUGCUACCGUGCAGGAAAAAGGAAGAUGUCGUUACCGUUCGCUCCCAGCUCUGCGCAAAUUCCAUCCGGCAAAGCGGUCUCGAAGCAGCUGAAAAAGAAAGCUGCCGAAUUCCUGGCAUGCACGCGUGCAACCUCAACCCUCGUGGAGAUCCUAGAGUACUUUAAGGAAUGUCUUGCGCGGAAGGCACCCAUAACGCCGUGUCUGCUCACCCUGGAGUAUCUGUUCACGGAGCUGAUCCGUCGCGGUGAUAUACGUCCGGCCGACACAGGCGCACAGAAUAAUGUGCCUUUAGCGAAAGAUCCCCAAACGAACCACAAACAAUGGCUGCAGGCUCAUUACGGGGAGGCGUUCGAUAUGAUUAUCGACGGUAUGCACCACGAGAAGGAGGGCGAAGCGAGCCAAGCGCUGGCAGCGGCCAUGAAGCUGCUCGCGGUCGAAUCUCACCACCGACCGGAGGCGGACCAAUUCCCGAUGGCGAGACUGAAGCAAAUCCUCACGGCAAUGCUAUCCACGGAGUGCCUAAACAAGCAUCUGUUUAACCGGUUUCUGGAGUACGCGUCGUAUCUGGACGUGAUUUUCUAUUGCUGGAAAACGGUCCCGUCGCUGGUACCGCGCAGCGGUGCCCCGCCGAGUGAUGCGUUCAAGCACAACUUUCUGCUACUGCUCGACGCGAUCCUGUUCGGCAAGGAGAAGAUGAAGGAGGCGGACAACGUGCUGUGCGUGCCGCUGGGCGAUGGGUUCGAUUACACCCUCGUCCGGAAGCAGAUCAAUCGCACGUGGGGCUUCGUGAUGAACUGGCAGCACAGCGUGGCCGUGCACGAGCAGCUGCUGAUACUGCUGCUGGAAAAGGUGUUCAUACACCUGGACAAACCGGUGCUGCUGACCGACUUCCUCAUGGAUUCGCUCGAUGUCGGCGGCACGGUCAGCGUGCUGGCGCUGCAGGGCGUGUUUGUGCUGAUCCAGCAGCACAACCUUACCUACCCGAACAUCUACGAGAAGCUGUACUCGAUGUUCGAGCCGGAGAUUUUCCACACCAAAUUCAAGGCCCGGCUGUUCUAUCUGGCCGACAUCUUCCUUAGCUCUAGUCAUCUGCCGGAGGGUUUGGUGGCCGCGUUCGUGAAGCGGCUGGCACGGCUGUCGCUGAUCGCACCACCGCAGGAUAUUGUCAUCAUAUUGCGCUUCAUCGGCAACCUGAUCCUGCGCCAUCCGGCCCUGAAGCGGCUGAUCUUUCACCCGACCGGCGGCGAGGCGUCGAGCGAUCCGUACGUGAUGGAGGAGCGCGACCCGAUGAAAUCGAAAGCGCUCGAAAGCUCGCUGUGGGAGAUUGCGGCGCUGCAAAACCACGUACUGCCAUCGGUCGCUUCGGCGGCACGCUUCAUCUCGAAUCCACUUCCAAGCGUCGAAUGGGACCUGUCCGAGGUGCUAGAGAUUAGUGAGAACGAUAUUUUCCACAAAGAAAUGAUGUCGAAAACGCAGGAUUUCUUUGUUAACAUCGAUCGUCCAACGGGUAUGUUCGGAUACUGCGGAGGUCAGGUGGCGUCUCAGUGCUGGAAGCUAUUCUAAAGCGUAGCUGUUCACGUUCGAUAAUGGGUGAGUUUGCUGCGUUCGGCGAAACAACGUCUGUCGCGCGGUGAUAUGUCCUACCUAUACUUUCCAAUGCUGCGUCGUCCUGGUCGUUCUCAUUUUUCGGAUAUUAGCAGAAGUGAUAUGCGCGCUCCAAAAGGACUGUAAUCGCCAAAAAGGACUCUCCUGCUUACGAUCCAAAGUGUGUCAACGAGGCAAGGAUUAACCACCGCGAGGCAAACCCAUUUCGUCAUUGGAUGAACGCUAGCGCUGAAAGAGAAGAUGGCAUCUUAUUUAUUUGAAUUCUUUUAUCAGCACCGUAUCUGGGUACCACAACUUAACGCUAAUGUGUGUUAUCUUGCGGGACGGUGUAUUUGUGUGAAACCGGAGUACGGCAGUAAAGGGGAGACUUGCUCCACAGCAAGAGCACUAGAGAUAGUACUAGAAUAUUCAAAUGAUGCAGAUGAAUGCAUCUUUCAUGGUAUCGUUUGUUCGUGUCAGGCUUCGUCAAAACUGGACCCCACAGAUUUAUGCACAUUCCCUGUACGCAAAGCGUUUGUGUACGGGAAUUGUAGCAUUGUAAAUCCGAGUAUAGAGCUAUAAAUUGUCUUGUAGAGAACAAGCAAACACAACCCAGUCUACCACGCUAAGGAGCCACAAUCAUUCGAAAGUGUGCAUACGCAACAAACAGAAAACGUUCCUAAUAAUCUCGUACACAACCGUAUUCUAUGCAGGAUUGAUUUGUUUUAUUUUUCUUGUACCACACGUCAGCUACACGUAAAGCAUUUCGCUUUUUAUCCUUGUUUUAACCACAUUAUUUGUUACUUUUUAUUCGGCGAUCUUUUAACGUCUAACGAAGAUCGCCUAGCUACUAGGCUAUAUUAAUAUUUCUUAGUUUGAUUUAGCAAACAGCAAGUGCAAAACGAAAAAGUGGAUAAACUUAUGCCAUGUCGUGGAUCGGUGGGAGCUAAGGCUGAGCAGGAUACGGGAAGGGAUCAUCGUGGAAAGGGAUAAGGAAGCAACGUGGAGCGUGGAUGCGCUAUGUGUGAUAGAAUACAGAUCAAGCUGAUUUGAAGGUUUUGACUAUAAGUGACAUAGUUAUAUAGAAACAUUUGCGUGUGGUUCAUUGUGCGGACGGCACACUUCACGCGUUGAUGGAAGCAAAUAUUUUCGCCCGUUUUCCUCCUCCCUAUCUCUCUCUCUCUCUCUAUUCGUGAUAAUAACCGAUAGGCUUGCGGCUGGCAAAUGUACGGAAGCCCUUCCCCUCCCAAGCAAAGCUAGUGCGACAUUAUCGUCCACAUAAAAAAGGACAUUGAAAAUGGCAUGAAACAAUAAAGUAUAAACACAUUCUUUAGGAUAACCAGAA